AUGGUGGUGCGCGGCUGCUUGCUGCUGCUGCUGUGCGGACUCGCGCGUGCCAUGGCGGGUUAUCCCAUCUGGUGGUCGCUGGCCGUGGGCCACCAGUACUCGGCCCUGGGGACGCAGCCCAUCCUCUGCGGCAGCAUCCCGGGGCUGGUGCCCAAGCAGCUGCGCUUCUGCCGGAACUACCUGGAGAUCAUGGCCAGCGUGGCGGAGGGCGUGAAGAUCGGCAUCCAGGAGUGUCAGCACCAGUUCAGAGGCCGGCGCUGGAACUGCACCACCGUCGAGGACAACCUGGCCAUCUUUGGGCCGGUGCUGGACAAAGCCACGCGAGAGUCGGCCUUCGUUCACGCCAUCGCCUCGGCGGGAGUGGCCUUCGCCGUGACCCGGGCCUGCGCCGAGGGCUCCGCCACCAUCUGCGGCUGCGACUCCCGCCACAAGGGCCCCCCCGGCGAGGGCUGGAAGUGGGGCGGCUGCAGCGAAGACCUGGACUUCGGGAGCAUGGUGUCACGGGAGUUUGCCGACGCCAGGGAGAACCGGCCGGACGCCCGGUCGGCCAUGAACCGCCACAACAACGAGGCCGGGAGAAUUUCCCUCAACGACAAAGUGUUCCUGAAGUGCAAGUGCCACGGGCUCUCGGGCAGCUGCGAGGUCAAGACCUGCUGGUGGUCGCAGCCGGACUUCCGCGUGAUCGGCGACUACCUGAAGGACAAAUACGACAGCGCGUCGGAGAUGGUGGUGGAGAAGCACAAGGAGUCCCGCGGCUGGGUGGAGACUCUGAGGCCCAAGUACAACUACUUCAAACCUCCGACGGAGCACGACCUGGUUUACUACGAAAACUCGCCCAACUUCUGCGACCCCAACCCGGACACCGGCUCCUUCGGGACCCGCGACCGCGUCUGCAACCUGACGUCCCACGGCAUCGACGGCUGCGACCUGCUCUGCUGCGGCCGCGGUCACAACACCCGGACCGAGAGGAGGAAGGAGAAGUGCCACUGCAUUUUCCACUGGUGCUGCUACGUCAGCUGCCAGGAGUGUGUGCGGGUCUACGACGUGCACACCUGCAAGUAACCCAGGCUGCCAGGAGCCGUCUCCCUCAGCCGGGUCGGGCCGUCCCGACCGCCACAUCGCAGACUGAGCAGGGACGACUCACUCCAGGUGCGGCAGCGUUCACCACGGAGCGCGCUGCGGAAGAGCGUCCUCCUUCCCUGCCUUCUGUUGCUGUUGCAAGACUCUGAGGAAGAUUCACGGCAAACUUCAUGACUCACUUUGUAGCAUGCUGAUCUGGCAGCGCUGGUCAAGGCGCCGCACCACGCCUCGAAAUGUGCCGCGACCUGCAACAAACCUUUGUCGUCCUCAGAUGUGUGCCGCCGAAUGCCAUUGACUUAAUCGCAACUAUUUGUCUUCGAUGGUUUUAGCUGUGUGGACGAGUUGUGGCAGGUGUUCCGUGCAGCAGCCUCUGCAGCAGCAUCCACAGGCGCUGACCCCACGCUGACUCAGCAGACGAGCCGGAGACGAGCUGGGCUUCCUGCCAUGGAGAAGUGUUUCCGCUGUUCGAGACACAGCGCCCUCUACUGAUGCCUCGGGGCGCCUCACUUGACAGUGGAAUCUUGUGAAGCUGAGAGAACAUGUCAGGAGGAGAGGCUUCCAAGUUCAGGUGUGACGUGGCCCCACGUGGAAGCCAGUCCGCCGGAGCUGGAGAAUGUUCCGACCGAGCUGCUGAAUGUACCCGCUAAGCUAACUGCUGCUGUUCCCGGAGCGUCUUCGCCAGUGGCCACGAUCCAGAUUUAGAACCAAAGACACCAAAAGUGAUUCCACAAAUCAAAGUCAGCACUUGUGUCCAGAAGGCAGACGCCUGUUCUUCUUGUGUCAGUAUUAGCAGAGGUGAGAAAGGCUUAUUUAUUUAGCGCCCUCUGGUGUCAGCCUUGCGUGACCAGGAGCGUGGCUUCCCCUGAACUGCAGUGAAACAUGGACCAAACACGCCGGCGACAGCUCCUGUGUUAGCUUGGC